AAUGGUGCAACUACUAAAAUUAAAAAGGUGUAAUGUACAUCAUCAUAUUAAUGGCAUUGGAGGCACUGAACAGCAUAUUAGGCAUAGCACCACUGCUACGGUCAGUUCACGUUGCGAAUCAUUUCAAUUGAUUACCUCUUAUUUAAUUGUAAAAAAUAUAUCAAAAAAUAUUCCGUCUUCAUUUAUUAAGAAUAGCUGUGUACAACCACCUGAUGAUCUGACACUUGCUGAUCCAUCGUUUAUGUUCCCGCAAAAAUAGAUAUGCUAAUAGGCGCUCAGCAUUUUUACGACAUAUUAUGUGCAGAAAAGAUAAAACCAAACAGUUCGGGACCUAUAUUCCAAAAAACGCGAUUCGGUUGGGUAAUAUCUGGACCAGUGUUACAGCAAUCGCAUUCAUUUGUAGUAAAUUGUACAAAUUGUGAAGUCGAGCCUCUAGACGAUUUACUUACGCGAUUCUGGCGAGUAGAAGAAUUCGAUAAUAGAAUUACACACGCGUUAGAAGAAAAGCAAUGCAAAGUAUUAUUUGAUCGCACUGUACGUCGCGGCGACGACGGUCGUCUUAUAGUUAAAUUACCGUUUAAAGAUAGUGUAUUGAAGUUGGGCCCAUCUUAUGAUAUAGCAUUGCGGCGUUUUCUAUCGUUAGAAAAACGAUUACAAAACGAUUCUAUUUUAAAAACCGAUUGUGUGCAAUUUUUAAAGGAAUACGAGUUAUUGGGUCAUAUGGAACUAGUUACAAAUGUUAAUUUUAUUUCAGCUAGUAAAAGUUAUUAUAUUCCACAUCACGCUGUGCGUAAUCCCAAUAGUUCUACUACUAAGUUACGUGUCGUCUUUGACGCAUCGUGUAAGACUCAGUCUGGUCUCUCGCUUAAUGAAGUUUUACUGAAAGGACCUGUUGUACAGGAUGAUUUAUUAUACAUACUUGCUAGAUUUCGUAAGUAUAAAGUUGUCUUAACAGGAGAUAUAGCAAAAAUGUAUAGACAAGUAUGGGUAACGCAUGAACAUCAAGAUUUCCAACGUAUUUUAUGGCGUCCUGAGCCUGAUCAGCCAAUUCGGACUUAUCGUUUAAAAACGGUGACGUAUGGCACAGUGCCAGCUUCAUUUUUGUCCACGGCUUGCCUAAACAAAUUAGCUGAAGAUAAUGUGGAUAAAUACCCAGCAGCAUCUGAGGCUAUAUUAAACAAUUUUUAUGUUGACGAUUUUUUAGGCGGAAGUGAUACGUUUGAAAAUGCCGCUCGUUUAAAAGAAGAAAUGUGUACGGUGUUAAACAAAGCUGGUUUUGAAUUACGUAAGUGGUCGUCGAAUGAGCCUAAUUUAAUCAGCCAACUACAGGUAAACAACGAUAAUAGUCAUAUAAUUGCUAAUAACGACGGACCGAUAACAAAGGUACUAGAGCUUGUAUGGAAUGCGUAUUCUGAUACUUUACAGUAUAUUGUUAAAAAUAUUUCUAUAUCUGGGUCAAUAACGAAACAUUCAAUUUUAUCGCAUAUUGCCUCAAUUUACGAUCCGCUUGGUUUACUUGGUCCGAUAAUAGUACAGGGCAAAUUUAUAAUGCAAAAUUUAUGGCAACAACAAUUAGAGUGGGACGAACCCGUUCCUGUAAAUAUAAAAAAUGAUUGGGAAGCGUAUGUGAAAAAACUUGGUUAUAUUAAUAAAAUUAUUAUUCCGCGUAAAAUCAUUGGCGAGCAAAAAAUUGUCGAGUAUCAGGUACAUGGUUUUUCGGACAGUUCCAUUCGUGCGUAUGGAGCGGCGUUAUAUUUACGCACCACGAAUGAACACGGUCAACAUACUGUCCGUCUUAUUUGCGCGAAAUCCAAAGUAGCUCCUAUAAAAACAGUGUCUUUACCACGUCUCGAAUUAUGUGCGGCACUUUUACUUGCGCGAUUGGCGCAAAAGGUGGUUAAAAAUUUACAAAUAGCUAAUUGUAAACGAUUUUUGUAUACUGACUCAAAUAUUGUUCUCGCCUGGAUUUCAUCAUCUUCCGCCAAAUGGAAAACUUUUGUCGCUCAUAGGGUGGGCGAAAUACAGGAAAUAACUUCAAGAGCCGAGUGGGCGCACGUGAAAUCGCAAGAUAAUCCUGCGGAUGUAAUAUCUCGUGGUUCUUAUCCCAAAGAAUUGUCUAAGUCGUCCUUAUGGUGGUCAGGGCCACAGUGGUUACAAAAGGAUUGUAAGGAAUGGCAAACCACGGCCGAGGCAAUAAGUAAUUUAAAUUUACCUGAAGUCAAGUGUACUGAAAAGUAUAAUUCUAUUAACUUAGUCGCGAAUACAACACGAGAAAAUUUUUCCUUAUUAAAUAGGUGCUCAAAUUAUCAGAAAAUAUUGCGUGUUACCGCGUAUUGCUAUCGUUUUAUUUAUAAUGCCGGACGUAAAUCGGAUCGAAAAAUAGCGUCUUUAGAGGUCAGUGAAUUAAGUCAAGCGAACCUAGGACUGAUAAAGCAUGUACAAAAUGAUUACUUUUCUUCUGAAAUAAAAAAUUUAAAUCACCCUACGCCUUUUGUUUCUUCUAAAAGUCCAUUAUUUCGUCUUAGACCUUACAUGAAUGAAAAUGGUGUUUUACGCGUAGGAGGCCGUUAAAAAAAUGCUGUUUCCAUCGAUAUUUAUCAACGGCAUCCGAUUAUUUUACCACAUAAAAGCACAUUUACAAGGUUAUUGUUUCAACACGAACACGUCAGUCUUUUACACAGCGGCCCUCAAGCUAUGCUAGCGUCGAUUCGUCUAAAAUACUGGCCUAUAGGAGGACGUAGUAUUGC